AUGACCGAUGGUAAUGGCGGCCAGCCAUUCUCCAGCAUGUCUGGGAAGCUGGACCCCAGGCUUCUGAAGGCGCUUGAUGUGAUGCAAUUCACCACCAUGACUCCAGUUCAGCACCGUGUGAUGACUGAGCUCCCAGACUGGCGCAGCGACUGCCUUGUCCAGGCAAAAACUGGAACUGGCAAGACAUUGGCUUUUCUGCUCCCCACACUGCACUGCCUUUUGAAUGGAAAAAUGCCAGCCCCCAAGGGCCAGGUCGCCAUCCUGAUCAUCACGCCGACGCGAGAGCUGGCGCAGCAGAUCGCAACGCAAUGCGACCAGCUCACCUCUCAGUUGAAAGACCUUGAAUGUCAUAUUGCGGUUGGUGGCACGGCUCGGGCUUCUGCUCAUAAGCGCUUUAUGAACAACAGACCGGCCGUUCUGGUUGCUACGCCUGGCCGACUAAAGGACUACCUCUCGGAUGAAUACACCGCCGAGAGACUGUCCGACAUUCAGACCCUGAUUCUGGAUGAGGCUGACACUAUGCUAGAGAAGGGCUUCCUGGCUGAUGUGAAACAAAUCCUGCAGCUGAUUCCAAAAAAGAGCACCGGAUGGCAAGGCAUGUGCUUCUCAGCUACAGUCCCACCCAAGGUCAAAGAUGUGGUCAACGUGGUGUUGAAUCCGGGAUAUACCAACAUUUCUACCAUGGAGAAGAACGAGACCCCUACACACGAGCGAGUGCCUCAGUUCCACGUUAUUAUUCCUUCAGUGGUUGAAACUUUCACUACCCUCGCUUCGCUUCUGAAAUUCGAGGGGCAAGAAAACACCAAGAUCAUUGUAUUUGGUGUUACUGCAAACCUAGUGGCUUUGUUCGCCAAGGCAUUCGCUAAGGGCCUGACCAACUUGCGUGUGUUCGAGAUCCACUCCCGGUUAAACCAAAACGUGCGCACUAGAACCACUGAAGAGUUCAAGGCUGCUGAAGCCGGAAUCUUGUUUGCCUCUGACGUGAUCGGCCGUGGGAUGGAUUUCCCCAACGUCGACUUAGUUAUCCAGGUCGGCCUCCCUUCCAGCGGCGAGCAGUAUGUUCACCGAGUGGGUCGUACAGCCCGCGCAGGCAACGAUGGCCGUGCGAUCAUCAUUCUCACGCAAGGCGAAUCAUUCUUUCUGCGCAACAACCGCCAACUGCCCAUCAGCGCGCACCCACAAACAGACGCGAUCAAUGCCGAAGCCCCAUCCUUCCAUGAUGCCGUUAUGAAUGCCAUGUACAGUCUUGACGAGGAGACGAAGCAGCGAGCCUACUCUUCAUACAUUGGUUUCUUCGCUGGAUCCGGUCUUCUGAAGCAAUUGCGUAUCGACAAAACCGAGCUGGUUCAGCUUGCCAACAACCUGGCUAUCAAAGGCAUGGGUUGCCCCGAGCCUCCUCCCAUGGAGAAAAAGGUCAUCCAUAAGAUGGGCCUGAAAGGCGUCCCCGGCUUUAAUUACGCAACUGGGGGCGACUCCAGUGGCAAUCAUUCUCGUGGAAACAACUUUAAACGCGGUGGGGGUGGUUCGGGUGUUCUCUCUCCAGGAGCUGGCCGAGGUGAUAGAAGGGGCGGCGUGGAGAAGACUCGCGGCAGGGGCCGGGGCCGUGGUGGCCGGGGUCGCGGUGGACAGAGAGGCGAUUAA